AAAUUUUAGCGAAUUUUCACAAAAAAUGGAUGAUUUAAAAUUAGCGAACUUUGAAAUCCCUUCAGAUUUAAUUAAACCUGCGGAUCCACUUCAUGACUCGGGAAGUAAAUGUCGUGUUAAGAAAAGCAUGUAUUUUAAUUCACCUGUGGCUGAAAAGGAAAUCGGAAAAUUCAAAAAAAAUGAUCAAAGACUUUGUGAUUUGGAAAAAGAAGUCAAAUACAUUCAUAAAAUUUGUAAUUGUAGAUCUGUUCUUACAUUCUAUGGUUUUACUCGUCAUAACACAAGUUAUAGUGUUAUUUGGGAAUGGGGUGCGGAAGAUUCAUCUAUUUCACCGGUUAUGUUAACUUCAGCUAGAGAGCGUACGGAUCCAAGAUGGACUCCUCCCGAAAAAACUCGAGAUAAAAUGUAUACUAAAGCCAGCGAAAUUUAUAGCUUUUCCUUGGUUCUUUGGGAAAUCAUCAAUAACCGUACUCCAUUCAACGACAUAUUGCCUGAAGAGAUAACAAACAAAGUUCUCAAUGGGGAACAUCCGCAACCCGAGAGAACCAAUGGCACACCCGUGAAAUAUCAGGAAAUAAUGGAAAAAGGUUGGAAUAUUAAUCCAACGAACCGUCCAACCGCUCAACAAAUGCUUAAUUUAUUAAGUCAUUUGGAAUCACAAGAAUGGUUUGGUCAUAGACUACCUAGAAUUGGAGAUGAUGAACACUCACAGCCCGAUUACCAAACAACACCUUUUUCACCAAAGAACUCGAAAUUACUUGAAUUUCCAAUUUCAAGAUUAACAGAUUUAGCGUCAACAUCAGACUCCUGUAAAGCGGUAUUAAAUUUGUUUGAAGAUGCAAAACGUAAUAGAGAUCUUUUUGAUAAGGGAGUGGAUAUUAUUAAUG